AACAAAUUAAAUCUUAAGUCUGCUAUGAAUAUUUGUGAUGAAACCAAGAAUUUGUAUAUGAAUGUAACUAAGAAAGGAUUAUUGGAAUUUUCCCCAAAAAUAAUGUGAAAUUUUUCUAACUAAACGACAUGGAAACAAGGUUGAAAAGUUUAUUUUACGUGUUUGAAAAAUUAUCACUGGUUAUCUUUAAUCUCCCUUGAUAAUUGAGUUAAUUAAAUAACUAAUGCAGUCAUCAUACUUAAACAUCCAGUGCGGCAGCUUAAAAGACAUCAUCUUUAAACCUGAGCCCGUUUUUAACAUCUCAAAUACCUAAAAAUUUGUUGGAAGAAGGAAAAAGUAGAAAACUCAGCUCAUGAGGUCACCAGAUCCUUGGUAAUAUGGGUGUAUCGAGUGGGCGGCCAUGAAUUGAUAAGACAUCAAAUUUUUGUCAGAACCAUUCAUUGUAACUCAGUUUGCUGGUUUUCAAGUUUCAAUACCAGGCUGUAAAGUGAUGUCAUCAAAUAAUGAUCUAAAUGUCACAGCUUUUUGGUUCAAAAAUGGUAGCAGGAUCAAAGAUGCAGUUAUAACACCAACGAUGGAAAACAACACGUUCGUGUUUUCACGUUUCUUUAGUUCUUUUGUUACUUUUACUGACGAAGGAGUAUACCAGUGUGGCAUCAACCUAAACGAAAGCCAACUUCUGCUGUCCGCUGAAAUUUCUUUAAUUAUUAAAGAAAUAAGUGUUAAGUUUGUAAAAAAUCCGACUGCAAUAGAAAGUAAUGAGAAAAACAGAAUUGCAUUAUCUGGAUGUGCAUACGAAUCAAUUGUUAAUCUAAAUGCAAAUGCAUAUUGGUUGAUCAAUGGUAACAGGAAAAUUAAAACUGCCUACUGGUCCGGCGGAUCGUCUCCAUAUCAUUUUCCAUACAUGCAGAUUUACGAAAAAGGAUACUAUCAGUGCGGUGUAUAUGAUCCCUUUAGAAUGAAAACACCAGUAUUGUCAGGAAAUGCGAGUGUCACCUAUUUCCAAGCAAACAUUGGAAACCCGAGGUUAGUUACAAUUCCGGAAUAUGCAAGUGAUGCGUUUGAAAUAGAAGGCUGCUUGUUUAGUUUUUCAACAGGUCUAAGAAUACAAGCUUAUUGGUACAAAGAUGGGGUAAUGCUAUCGGUUGCUUCGUACGAACUUAUUUCUAAGGAUAAUUACAAAUUUAAAAACUUCAAAAUUUCAAGAAGCAGUUUAAAAGAUGCGGGACAUUAUCAGUGUCGAGUGAUCAACAACGAGUGGUUGGUGAAAACAAUAGAAUCUCGCAACGUCACAAUCACAUUGAAACCUGUGGAAGUUAUAUUUACGACACCUCCAAAAAUUAUCCAUACUAAAAGAGGAAUCCAAGUGACUGGCUGCUCAUAUAAUACUUCAAGAAAUACAAACGUUUCUUCUUUUUGGUAUGUAAAUGGUGCAGUGCGUAUUAUACAAGCUGACGUCAGCAAAAACAAUAACAGUUAUGCCAUGUCAUCUUUAAAUAUUGAUAGCUACGAUUUGAUUGGCUGGUACAAAUGCGUGGCAUUUGAUAAUAACAUCAUGCUAAAAGCAGCUUCGUCGAAGAAUAUGACUAUGUUAUCUGUCGAAGCGCCGAAAUUAAUAACGCAACCACAGCUUGUAUCGUCGGAAAAAACAAUACUCAUCGUUGGAUCAAAGAUUUUUUCUCUUGUUCUACCGAAGUCGGAUGAAAUAUAUUGGUUAAAAAAUGAUGUACAAAAGGUUAAAGCUGCUUUUACACACGUUGUGAACGAACCAAGUGUGUAUCAAAUAUCUAGCAUUAACGAGAGCAAAAAAAACUAUGAAACCCAGGGUUGGUAUCAAAUAGUUUUGAGAAUUCCGGGGUAUCCCCAGGAAAUAAAAACUGAUAUUGUUGAAGUGCAGUUUCAAGACUUAUCUCAUACAAGAAUUACCAUAGCAACGAACCAGCCUUACCAAGAAGCAACAAAAGAUUUGGAGACAACAAAGACCGACAUUGAAUCUGAGCUAAAGGGAAUCUUGGACAGUAACAGUGAUACAAACAGCAGUACAAGGUUGGUUCAAGUUGUUAGCCUCGGCUCCAACAACGGCAAAUUAAAAAUUAUUUGUCAAAUAUUAUAUACAAAUAUAUCAAAGACUGAACGCUUAAGUUACUGCGGAUCGUUUAAUUCUAUUUUCACCGUCGACACUCUUUCUAAACUACAAGCCACCAAAAUCGAUAUCACUUACCUGGAUUGCUGCUUACCACUUGGAAAUGACGUUCAUACAAUGAGUCUUGUGCUUAAAAAUGUGUCAUACUUUUGCGGAAACAACACAGAAAGUGUAAUGUAUUCAACAUGUCUCCCCAAUCUAAGGGGAGGGCCAAGAUGGUCAAACACACCUGAAAUUGGGUGCUCUACAAUUUCUGCAACAACGAGAAAGCUAGUGAAACUUGAACAAGUUAACAUAUGUACAACAAACGUAACUUCAGAUUGUUCACCCGUUGAAGAAGUUUCCAGAAAUUUAAGUAGCAUUAUCACCAGUCCUGAUUUUAACCUGACAGCAUGGCAAGAUAUAGCGCACAUCGACACUAUCAUUACAAGUAUUGUUAGCACCGCACAAUCUUCGAAUAUCACUCAACCAACAGAGGUUUUUAACGACAUCAUAGAUGUUGCCGACGUUCUGUUUGACGAAGAUGUCGAGUUAAUUAUCACGGCAAAUGUAAACAAUGGAACUUCAACCUCAAUCCUUAAAAGUUUAGAAGCAUUUGCUGACGUAGUUGGAAGCAUUGUAAAUGCUACCAAUGAAGAGAUCAGCAUUUCACGAAAAAACAUUGGGGUCUCCGUGGCACGACUAAAGAAGAGAAAUGUGACUGUUGUGGCUGGUUUAAGCAAAAAUGGUACCUCUUUUGUUGCUAUUGGUAACAAAAAACAAACUUUGAUGGAUAAUCCAAUUGCUUCGAUACAGAUACCUGACGAAAGUUUUAAAAAUCCCGAAGAUGUGGUGUAUUCUUAUCAUUUUCAGAAAGACACUUUAUUUCUCAGCGACUCUGCUAUGAAGUCAAUGAAGAAUUCUACCAAAACAGUACAGAGUAUAAUCUUGUCAGCCACUGUAGGUCACUCACGGAUCACAAAUUUAAAGAAUCCAAUAAAAAUGUCUUUUCAGAAGAGUAGGAUUCUCCGUUUAGAGGGAAUUUAUUCUUGUCAAUUUUGGGAUUUUAACAAAGGUACAUACGGUGGAUGGUCAGCAAAAGGUUGUUGGACGAUAGUGGAGGAAAAAAAUCAGAAAAAUGUAACAUGUGCGUGUAACCAUCUCACGAAUUUUGCCCUCCUCUUUGAUGUCGCACAAAGUGGCAAUAACCCGAAGGAGCUUCAAAUUAUCACGUGGAUUGGGUGUGGCGUCUCAUUGGCCGGGUUGUUUUUAACGACGGUGACGUACUUGUUUUUCAGAAACUUGCACAAAAAACUCCCUCCAAAGAUUCUGAUUUCAUUGUGCAUCUCUUUAAUGGGUUUGCUCAUCGUGUUUCUGGCUGGUGUCGACCAAACUUCAGCAGAAACUGGCUGUAAAGUGGUCGCAUCCCUCCUUCAGUACUUUCUGCUUGCUACUUUUUGCUGGAUGUCUAUCGAAGCUGUUAAUUUAUACAGAUGUUUCAUUCAAGUGUUUGUUGGAGGAGGAAAUGCAAAUUUUAUGUAUAAAGCAAGUCUUUACGCAUGGGGAUUGCCUUUGGUAAUCGUUGGUGCCACCGCUGCUAUUCAGCCUGAUAACCUCGGAAACGAAACUGCGUGUAUUGUGCAUGGGAAUUCUUUUUACUUUGGUAUCUUGCUCCCUGCAGGAAUCAUUCUGCUUUUCAACGUAGUUAUUUUAAUAGUUGUGAUACGAAAACUUUCACGUACCAAUAUGAAGAAAGGUAAAUCUGGCGAAAACAGAAGUUUACUUGGUCAAGUCAAGGUUGCGUUUGUUUGUAGUUUACUUGUAGGAAUCACAUGGAUAUUCGGAGCAUUAGCUGUAGGAAGUGUUACCAUGUUUUUUCAAUGGUUGUUUUGCAUCUUCAACUCUUUUCAAGGACUCUAUAUUUUUAUUUUCUACAUGGUGAGGAACCAGGAAGUAAAAAGAGAAGUGAAGCGAUUGUUUAAUCCAGCUACGUAUAACGGCUCUUCUUAUUCGUCGACAAUGAAAUCUUUGAGACGGGGACAGACACAUUUAACACAGAAAAGCAAUUUGAAACACAGUAGUAUGCAGCAUAGCUCGACUAGAAAAAACUGAAAAUUAAACAGCAAAAAUACAUUUAAAGAAAAACUAAAAUAAAACAAGAAUUAAAUAAGCAAAUCCGAAAGAAUUGAUCCCACAAAACAUUGAACUACAUUAUACUAAUAAAUUAUGUGCUAAUCAGGUAUCUUGCUGUAAUUUGGCUGUUACUACAUCUCUUUCUAUUGGUCUCUGUAAAAACCAAUCAAACGUCACGCAAUGAGAGGUAUGUUAUUAAACAAUAUCAUCAAAAAUCGGCUUCAGAUUUCUUUGUUGACGUGAGGCAGCACAACAGACAGUAAUAAAAAAAUUAAAGAGGAAAAGAUAACGUUAAAAUACUUAGUAGAGGGUAAGAGAGAGGCAACCUUGAUCCUGUCCUACAAAGCGCUGAUCAAACAAAGAACCCUGUGAACGAGGUUGACCCAGAGGAAAAACAAUGCUCGAUCGAAGAACAGUAACACCGACCCGAGAAAGGGUAAAUACACUCCACUUUGUAGUAAGCACUUGUAAAUUUAUAAAAAUAAAAACGAAAAUAAAAAAAUCCAACUUUCUGUUUUUACCCAUCAUUGAUGUGGCCCUUACGUUUUAAUUCACUCUUUCUAUAUGUUGUACCUUGAAGGAAAGGUUAUACAACAAAAACGUCUUAUGCAACAAUUGCCGUGUACUUUACU